AUGACGAUAAAACAUAUGGUCGGCGCUAGUGCAGUGGCGGACAUGAUGUCGAUAUUGCCGCUGGUCGUUAUCGCUGUCUUUAUCGUUCGAAUAGAAAAGUCCAUUAAAACAGGUAGUGAUAGCGGCGGCGAGGACAGCGGCGGGGCAGGGCUGCCCGAUGGUAGUGUACGCUACCCUACCCCACACAGCCCGAGAAGCGAACCCGACCUAACCAUCUCCGCAACUGCCACCGAUAACCCCACAAUACUUCCCAACCAAACAACCAGUCCAGAUUACGAGGGUAAACGGGCGCAGAACAUCAUGAUGCUUCGGAUAACGUCUCAACGGGAUGAACGACACUCCUGA